CUCGCUCUCGUACUGCCCGACUUUUCUCCGGCACGACCAGAAGAACACAAGAGACUCGUUUGUUGCUUGUCUUUUCCUCUCUAAGUCGUCCUUGGAUUACCUUCUUCCCUCGUCGCCCUCUCCAUCUCUCUCUCUCUCUCUCUCUCUCUCUCUCUCUCUCUUCCCCUGUCGCUGCAUCUUCACUGCAACGCCAAAGAUGGAGAGUCAAGAUCAAAGGAAGGAUCACUCUUCCUCAGGGCAUGAGAGCCAUAGCGUGCAUUUGUGUCACAAAUGUGGAUGGCCGUUUCCAAACCCUCACCCGAGUGCUAGACACAGGCGCGCUCACAGGCGGGUCUGUGGAAAGCUUGAUGGGUAUAAGCUGGCUGGUUCUGAUGAGAACCCCCAUUUGAAUGUUUCGGACGAUGAGCGUUCUGAUGACGAUAACAAAACCCCAAGCCCAAAGGUUGAAGAGGGAAGUCAAGUUGAACUGGGUAAAAGUGCAACCGCUGAAAGAUCAAUCUCCGUGGAGGAGGAAGUGUUUUCAGAUGCAGUGACGAACUUUCCAGAUGGUGGAUUGAGUACACAGAGUGAAGGUCUUUUGCAUGGUGUUGAGUCAGUUUGCAUUGCCAGAAAGAUAUCUGACAAUGAUCCUACUGUGGAAGUUUCUGGUGAAAGUGCAACUACAGAAGUUGUUCCACAAGAUUCCCAUUUGGCGGGCAGUAGCACCAAGGAAAAAGUUGCACCUUCUGUGGUCACGAAUGAGAAGCUAAGCAGUGAAAAUAACAUUCAAGAUCUGUUUACUAGUCCUGCCAUAUCUGAGCAGGAGCAGCCUGCUGAGAAAUUCUCUAACUUGCUGAAUGAUAAACAAAAUGAAACUGUACCUGAUUCCUCACUUCUACAAUCUGAAGCUCCUGUGGAGUCAUUGGCCGAAGUUACAGCAACGACUGAUAGGGAGACGGUAAAAGCAUUUUCCGAAGACAAUAUUUCACAAGAGACUGAUGUUAAGUUAGAUAAGGGAAUGGCAGGCUCUCAUGUACCAUGUAAUGAUGAGAAAGAAAUAUCUGGUGUAAUACCAAGUGAUGGAGGCUUUCAAUUGGGGAAGUCCGGUGACAUUUUGUUCUCUGAGGUAUCUCCGAGUGGUCUUGCCCCGAACUUGUCUUCUGAGCAACUGGAUGUUUCUGAUGAUAUGCCCCAGGAAACAGUGGACAAAACACAAGAAUUAGAGCUAAGUAUUCCUGUAUAUCCUGUCGAUGGUUGUGCUAAAACCUUGGGCGAGACUGGAAUCUUCCAUGUGCUGACUGUACCUAAGGAUAUACCUAUAAGAGAACAUGGUGAGAAGUUCAUUGAAGACUUUAAGGAUCAUAAACAAAUCAAAGUUCUGCAAACUGAUGACUUGGGUUCAGUUCCAACAAUUGGUCAGAAGGAAGAUGACACAGUUCCUGUUCCCGAGGAUUUUUCCAGUCCAAACCUAAAAGUACAGGAGGAAGUUGCAGAGGUUUCUUUAGAUGUAUAUAUUUCAGAGACCAGUUCAGCUCGGCAACUUGAGAUUCUUAAGCCUGUGGAUGAAAAUGCACCUCUUCAGAGCGAUGUGAUUUUAUCUGAAGAUAGCAUCAACACUCAUGAAAGUCAAGGGCUCAAUGAAGUAGAGACUGCCAAAGAAGCAGUAACAGCUGCAGUGGAAGAAAACAAUGUGACUGUGCAAAUGGAAAAGGUGGAACCGACGGACACAGUUAAUAGUUCAUCGCAAAUUGAAGUUCCUGUAGAUGAUGUGAAAUCAUCAUCCGACCUGAAUACAAUGGUUGCUCUGGCAUAUACUGAAGUUCGUGAAACGAGUGGCAUAACAGGUGAAAUCGACAGUACUAACAAUGUCAUCGCUAUAAUUGAGACACCACAUACUGUUGGAGAUGCUGAGAUAAAACGGAAUAUGGAUGAGAGCUUUAUAGAGAGUCAAAUAAUUCCUGAAUCAACUGGGAUGCAGAGUAUUGACCAAGAUGACGUGAUUAAUAGUGAAGGUGAUGUUUGUCAUGAUCAGAGGAACCAUGUGAAGGAAAACCUUGAUGUUGCCGGGAUGGAUGUUGCUGAAGGACAUGUUUUGGGAAAUAACAUAAAGAAAGAAAAUGCAGCUGAAUCCACUUCCACAGAUAGCCUUCACAGAUGUGAGGAUACAGCAGAGAAUAUCAUUCAUUGCCCAGAAACUAAGUCAGAAAUUGCAAACAAAGCAUCGAAUACUCGAGAAGGAGCGAAGGAAGGCGAAAAAACUGGCGAGGUUGAAUUACAAGGAGCACUUGAUACGGAAGUCAGCUCAUCAGUGCAUGAAUUAUCUCAUGACAGGGAUAAUGGAAUCAAGGAAUUGACAUCUGAAAAGCAUUACAGUAAAGAUAAUCUGCUUUCUACUGCGAGUGAUAUCAAUAUUCCUGGACUUAGUUCUCCUUUGCAAGAUGAAAGCGACAAGAAAUUUGUUGAACAGCAGCUUGCUGGAUUUGUUCAUGAUGCGUCGGUAGAUUCAAGUAGUCGAGCGGAUAGCUUAGAAUGCAACUGGGGAUCUAUGUCAGUGCUUUCCACUCAGUCAGAUCCACCGGUUGCCGUGGAGCCUGAUGUUUUUCCACCAAAAGUGCCCCAAUCAAUGACAGAUGCUGCAAAAUCAAACCUGGAGCUGGAAAAAAUUGAAUCAGGUGGAAAAGGUUCGGAGAAAACCGAUGUCUUCGAGCCACCAUCCUUCAUGACACUGGUCGAACCCACCAAUAAUCAGAAUCCUGCAAUUUCCAUGCAAAACAACGACCCAUCAAAAUCUGCCUCCGAGCAAGCUGGUUGGUUCCCGUCCCUCCCACAUACAGUGAAUGACUCUCAAGGAAGGAAGAAGAACGAAGAGAUCAUAGCCAAAGUCACCAACUGGGGUGCUGGGAAACAUCAUUCCCCUCUGAAGAGCCUCUUGGUGGAAGCUAACCGCGAGAGCAAGCUGAAGUCAUCGAGCCCGAAAGAAAGUUCAGCUCCCAUAGGUGCAAAAGACGAUGAUGCUGCAAAGGAUAAUAACAAGAAUAUCGCGUCGGCGACGACAGUUAGCUCGAUUUUAGGUUCUUCUGAAGCUGCCGUGAAAGAAACGGACCAAGAAUGGAACUCUCCUGCAAGAUAUCCGACUGACAUCAAGAGAGAAAAGAAGGUCAAGGGAAGGCCGUAUUGGGCCCAGUUUGUUUGCUGCUCUUCCGUGAAUUAGACAUCUCAACAGGUCAGCUCAUUGGGUAAGGAUCUUCGUGAGAGGGUUACUUCUUGUGUUAUCGUCUUAGGCUGGUGUAGUGCUAUAGUAAACUCCAUUGGAUUUGCACGCUAGUGUUGAAUAUAAGCUUGUUUCUGGGUCGCUGUAUAUUGCAUUCUGGUCAAACUUGAAGGAUAAAUGUGUUCUCUUAAUAGAUGAUGUCGAUGGAUGGACACGUCACGAGUUGGUGUGUAUAUGGUAACUGAGAACUAGAGGAGCACGAUAGGUUGGUGGCACUUAAUGUGCUGCGGCAAUAUACUCUUCCUCGCGCGUGUGCAUUAAGAAGUUUGAGGUCGUGUAGUUUCUUUUCUUUGCAUAGCAUGAUACCAGAUUAUUGAUAUGCUUGAUCUCGAUUGUGUGAAAACUCUAGGUGCU